AUGAUACCCAACGUAUCUGUAAAACCCACUCUUGAAGAAAUACAAGAAGUUCUCGUUUUAGCCGGCAAGAACAUAUCUGGUUUAUCUAAGGGUGUAGCCCAGUGGACCGGCGGAAAAGGAAAUAAGGUACAUUCAGCAGCGGCGCCAAUGAACAUAGCGCAGAAAUCAAUGAAGGUGGUUGAUGCUGCCAGGAUAAGAAAAAAAAAAUAUUACCGACUGGAGUCAGAGGAGAAACCAGUGUUUCCAUUUCAACCAAAAAAUUUUUAUAACCAUAUUAUGGAAAAUAAGGAAAUAAUAAAAACUCUUACACAUUUAUCCAUGUGUACUCAAAAUAUAAAAUCAGAAUUAAACACACUUGUUAAACGAUGGCGCCCUUACCAUUAUUUAUGGAAAUGUGAAAAGACUUUACGUCAAUUGUUAGCUUGGAAUCUUAAUGACUUCGAACUCGCCCUUAAAAGACACAGCGAACUUGAAGCUAAAUUAACCACUGAACCUGAUGUAUUGAUUAUAGGAAAUUGUUUAGCAGUUUCAACAGAAAAGUUAAAAUUGGGACUCAACACAGAGCUUAAAAAUGGUACGUACAGAAUUAGUCAAGCUAUGCGUAAAAAGUACAAACGUGAAAUGGAUUACGUUUACGCUAUAAUGAACGACUUGGAGCGUAAAUUAGAAAGACCAAUACGUGAUUUAGAUGAUGUUAGAACUGUAAUGGAAACUCUAAAGAAAAUAAGAGAACAAGAAGUUGAUAUGGAAUUAAAAAUUGACCCAGUUGAAGAAGCGUUCAAUGUUAUAACUCGCUAUGAACUGCCAGUGAGUAAAGAAGAUAUGGAGCAAGUUGAUAAUCUCCGAUAUAGUUGGCAACAAUUACAAGCUACUGCACUAGCGUCUCAUGUUCAAUUACUUAAAAUGCAGCCUCAAUUUGAAGAUGAUUUGAAAAAUAACUUAGACAGAUUUAGAGAAGAUAACACCGAAUAUUGCCAUGAAUACCGUCAUGCUGGGCCGAUGCAACCAGGCUUGAGUCCGAGGGAAGCUUCAGAUCGUUUGAUAUUAUUUCAGAAUCGCUUCGAUGGUAUGUGGCGUAAAUUGCAAACAUACCAAAACGGCGAAGAAUUAUUUGGGCUUCCACAUACAGAGUACCCCGAAUUAGCACAAAUAAGAAAAGAAUUGAAUCUCUUGCAAAAACUUUAUAAACUGUACAACGAUGUCAUCGAUCGAGUCAGCAGCUAUUACGACAUACCCUGGGGAGAAGUAAAUAUAGAAGAAAUAAAUAAUGAACUCAUGGAAUUUCAAAACAGAUGCAGGAAAUUACCGAAAGGUCUUAAAGAGUGGCCAGCUUUCUACGCUUUAAAGAAAACAAUAGAUGAUUUCAACGAUAUGUGCCCUUUACUUGAACUCAUGGCAAAUAGAGCGAUGAAACCACGACAUUGGCAGAGAAUCAUGGAAGUCACAAAAUAUAUAUUUGAACUUGAAAAUGAAGACUUUUGUUUAAAAAAUAUACUGGAGGCGCCUUUAUUACAACAUAAAGAAGAUAUUGAGGAUAUUUGUAUAUCAGCAAUGAAGGAAAAAGAUAUCGAGGCGAAAUUGCGACAAGUGACAAACGAGUGGUCGGUGCAUGAGUUAACGUUCCAAACUUUUAAUAAUCGCGGAGAAUUGCUUCUAAGAGGUGAUACAACAGCAGAAACAAUUGGCCAGCUAGAAGAUAGCUUAAUGAUAUUAGGCUCAUUGCUGUCUAACAGGUACAACGCUCCGUUUAGAAAGCAAAUACAGCAAUGGUUAUAUGACUUGCAAAGUACGAAUGAAAUUCUGGAACGGUGGCUACUUGUUCAAAAUAUGUGGGUGUAUCUUGAGGCAGUAUUCGUUGGCGGUGAUAUUGCCAAACAACUCCCUAAAGAAGCCAAAAGGUUUUCCAAAAUCGAUAAAUCUUGGCAAAAAAUUAUGCAAAGGGCACAUGAAACUCCCGGAGUAGUUUCAUGUUGUGUUGGUGAUGAUCUUUUACGACAGCUUCUGCCGCAUCUACAGGAACAGUUAGAAUUAUGCCAAAAAAGUUUAAGUGGCUACCUAGAAAAGAAGAGGACAAUGUUUCCACGAUUCUUUUUCGUAUCUGAUCCGGCUUUGUUGGAAAUCCUUGGUCAGGCUUCAGAUUCCCAUACUAUACAAAACCAUCUCUUAUCGAUCUUUGAUAAUAUAAGAUAUGUAAAGUUUCAUGACAUAGAAUAUAACAAAAUGAUAGCCAUUGUGUCUUCAGAGGGAGAAGAAAUAAAACUGGAACGGCCUGUUCGUGCUGAAGGUUCAGUAGAAACGUGGCUCACGUCGUUACUACAAUCAGCACAAAGCAGUUUACAUUCAAUCAUACGAAAUGCAGUAUCGUUAAUUAACGAUCCAUCUUUUAAUCUUCUCUUAUUUUUAGAUAAAAUGCCAGCUCAGGUUGGACUGCUGGGCAUUCAAAUAAUCUGGACAAGAGAUGCGGAGCUUGCUCUUAUGCAAGCUAGGCAAGAUAAGAAAAUAAUGAUAGAAACAAAUAACAAAUUUUUAGAACUUUUAAAUACUCUCAUAGACCAAACGACGAGAGAUUUGAUAAAAAUAGAGCGCACUAAAUUCGAAACUCUCAUUACUAUACAUGUACAUCAAAGGGACAUAUUCGAUAUGCUGUGUCGGUUAAAUGUUCGUUCUGCAAAUGAUUUUGAAUGGCUGAAGCAGUGCCGAUUUUAUUUCAAAGAAGAUGCCGACAAGACAUGGAUAUCCGUAACUGAUGUUACCUUUACAUAUCAAAAUGAAUAUUUAGGAUGUACUGAGAGGCUGGUCAUAACACCCCUUACUGAUCGCUGUUAUAUAACUCUUGCUCAAGCUCUAGCUAUGAGCAUGGGUGGAGCGCCCUGUGGCCCCGCGGGUACUGGUAAAACGGAGACAGUCAAAGAUAUGGGAAAAACUUUGGCGAAAUACGUAGUCGUAUUUAAUUGCUCUGAUCAAAUGGACUACAGAGGCCUGGGCCGCAUUUAUAAAGGUCUAGCCCAAUCCGGUUCAUGGGGCUGUUUUGAUGAAUUCAAUCGGAUCGAGCUUCCAGUACUAUCGGUAGCUGCCCAGCAAGUCGCAGUAGUCCUGGCAGCCAAAAAAGAAAAAAAGAAAACGUUCCUAUUCACUGACGGAGAUAUGUCUGAAAUGUGUCCAGAAUUUGGGAUAUUUAUCACAAUGAACCCUGGCUAUGCUGGACGAAAAGAAUUACCAGAAAACUUGAAGAUUCAAUUUCGCACUGUUGCCAUGAUGGUGCCAGACCGUCAAAUAAUUAUAAGAGUGAAACUAGCUUCUUGUGGUUUUCUAGAGAAUAUAACUCUGGCUCGAAAGUUUUAUACUUUAUAUAAAUUGUGUGAAGAGCAACUUACGAAGCAGGUACACUACGACUUCGGACUGCGUAAUAUUCUUUCUGUUCUGCGUACGCUUGGUGCUGUUAAACGAGUUAACACUAAAGAUAAUGAAAGCACGAUAGUUAUGAGAGUGCUGAGAGACAUGAACUUAUCGAAACUUAUAGACGAAGACGAACCACUCUUUAUUUCAUUAGUAGCUGACUUAUUCCCUAAUCAAUCAUUGGAAAAAACAAUGUACUCUGAUCUUGAGGACGCUGUUAGAAAACAAGUAGAUGUAACUGGUUUGAUUUAUCACCCUCCUUGGGUUCUUAAAAUAAUACAGUUGUAUGAAACUCAACGUGUCCGACAUGGAAUAAUGACUCUUGGACCGCCGGGAGCCGGAAAAACCACAUGCAUUCAUACUCUUAUGAAUGCACUUUCUGAUAUAGAAGAUCCACAUAGGGAAAUGCGUAUGAAUCCAAAAGCAAUAACAGCUGCGCAAAUGUUCGGUCGCCUAGAUGUAGCGACUAAUGAUUGGACAGAUGGCAUAUUCUCUGCCUUAUGGAGAAAAACACUAAAAUUGAAAACUGGAGAACAUAUAUGGCUGGUAUUGGAUGGUCCAGUGGAUAGUAUAUGGAUAGAAAACUUAAACUCCGUAUUAGAUGAUAACAAGACACUAACUUUGGCUAAUGGUGAUCGUUUAACAAUGUCUCCGACAUCUAAAAUCAUCUUUGAACCAGAAAAUAUUGAUAAUGCAUCCCCAGCCACUGUGUCUCGUAAUGGAAUGGUGUAUAUGAGCUCUUCAGGUCUUGAUUGGGAACCGGUUCUUAAUGCGUGGCUGAAAACUCGAUCACCGAGGGAAGAAGAAGUAUUUAGUGCUUUAUUUCAACAGACAUUUCCAAAUAUUUAUACUUGGUGUACUCAAAAUCUGAUUUUUAGUAUGCGAGUCCUUCAAAGUAAUAUCAUUUAUCAAAUGUUAAGUUUAUUGGAAGGAUUAGUACCUCCUCAAAUUGUUGAAGAUGAAGAUACUUCUGCAAGUAAAUCUAUUAAUGGUGACAUGGAUGAUGAAGAUGAGAAGGAAAAAGUUGAAGAAAUAAUCCUUUUUACUCAUGAACAUCUUCACAAAAUUUAUAUCUUUUCAUUGAUUUGGGGUUUUGGAUGCCUUUUGGAAACUGAGGACAGAUUCCGAUUUGAUAAGUUCAUAAAAACUACAUUUAAUGAAAUUCUUGAGCUACCGAAACAUCCAAAUAAUAAACCGAGUAUUCUAUUUGAUUUUUACGUUAAACAUCCGGGAAAAUGGGCGUUAUGGGAUGAUUUAAUGACAAAUUAUAUAUACCCCGACUCUGCAACUCCGGACUAUUCAAAUAUUCUUAUUCCAAUUGUUGAUAAUGUUCGAAUCAGUUAUCUUAUUCAUUGUAUUGCUAAACAAGGAAAAGCUGUAUUAUUAUUGGGUGAACAAGGUUCUGCUAAAACAGUCAUGAUGAAAGCAUAUAUGAAAAAUGCCAAUCCAGAACAAUUUAUGGGUCGUUCAUUUAAUUUUUCUUCAGCUACGAGCCCCUAUCAAUUUCAAAAAACAAUAGAAAGCUAUGUUGAAAAAAGAAGUGGUAUGACUUUUGGACCUCCUGGUGGAAAGAAAAUGUUAGUGUUUAUUGAUGAUAUUAAUUUACCACAAAUUAACGAAUGGGGCGAUCAAAUUACAAAUGAAAUAGUUAGACAAACUAUGAGUAUGGGCGGAUUCUAUAGCUUAGAAAAGCCUGGUGAUUUCACUACCAUAGUAGAUAUUCAAUUUUUGGGGGCGAUGGGACAACCAGGUGGUGGCAGAAAUGACAUACCCGCCAGAUUAAAGAGGCAAUUUUCGAUAUUUAACUGUCCAUUGCCCAAUAAUGAGUCUAUAGACAAAAUUUUCAAAGUUAUAGGCGAAGGUCACUACAAUGCCAAAAGGGGUUUUACAAUAGAAGUAAGAUCGCUUAUAAAAAAGAUAAUUCCCUUAACACGAGAACUAUGGACUAGAACCAGAAAAAAUUUACUACCUACUCCUGCAAAGUUUCAUUACGUUUUUUCUCUUCGUGAUUUAUCUAGAGUUUGGCAAGGAAUGAUCGGUACUUUGCCUACUGUAAUUGAAUCAGAAAAAUGUCUUAUGCUUCUCUGGAAGCAUGAGUGCUCAAGAGUAUUUUCGGAUCGGUUUACGCAUCAAGGGGACAAAGAUUGGUUUAAUAAUGCAUUAUGUGAUAUUACUCACGAAAUACUAGGACCAGAAUAUAAGAAAAUGAUGGAAAAGGAUCCUGUAUUCGUUGACUUUAUGAGAGAUGCUCCAGAGCCAACGGGUGAAGAGGGCGAAGACGCUGAUAUGGAACUACCAAAGGUUUACGAACCUGUUUUUGAUUAUGCUGAACUAAGAGAUCGAUUAGAAAUGUUUCUCUCUCAAUUCAAUGAAAUGGUUCGAGGUUCGGGAAUGGAUCUUGUAUUUUUUCCUGAUGCAAUGUUACAUUUAGUAAAAAUUUCAAGAGUUAUACGACACCCACGAGGAAACGUUAUGUUAGUUGGAGUGGGAGGGUCUGGAAAGCAAUCUUUAACUAAAUUAUCUACAUUCAUCGCAGGCUACCGCUCAUUUCAAAUAGCUUUGACAAGAUCAUAUAAUGUUGGCAAUUUUUUGGAAGACCUCAAACUGCUUUACCGAUCAUGUGGGGUUCAAGGAAAGGGAACAACUUUCAUAUUUACCGAUUUAGAUAUAAAGGAAGAAGGGUUUCUAGAAUAUCUUAAUAAUAUUUUAUCAUCAGGUGUUAUAUCAAAUUUAUUUACAAAAGAUGAACAGCAAGAAAUAAUAUCAGAACUAACACCUGUUAUGAAGCGAGAAAAUCAAAAACGAACACUAACUAACGAAUUAGUAAUGGAGUAUUUUUUAAAUAGGACAUGCCAGAAUCUUCACGUCGUUUUAUGCUUUUCUCCAGUAAGCGAAGCGUUUAGGUAUAGAGCGUUACGUUUUCCUGCUCUUAUAUCAGGUUGCACGAUAGAUUGGUUUCAACCAUGGCCAAAAGAUGCUCUUGUGUCUGUUGCUGAUCAUUUUCUCACUGAUUUUGAAAUCGAAUGUACUGUAGAAGUAAAAAAAGAACUUGUGACCGUCUUAGGUACCAUACAGGACGUUGUUUCUACGGUAUCAACAGAAUACUUUCAACGGUUUCGACGGUCCUCUCACGUCACUCCAAAAUCAUAUCUGAGUUUUAUUGGUGGAUAUAAAACAAUUUAUCAGAUGAAACAAAAAGAACUAGGCGACGGUGCCUUAAGAAUGGAUACUGGUUUAGAAAAACUACGCGAAGCAUCUAUAUCCGUUGAAGUUUUAAAGAAAGAUUUAGCCGUCAUGGAGCAAGAUUUGGCGUUGGCUUCAGAAAAAGCUGACCGAGUGCUUUCAGAAGUAACAGACAGGGCAAUGCAAGCUGAAAUUGUUAAAAAUCAAGUCCAAAUUGUAAAAGAAAAGGCAGAAGCUUUAGUAGCUUAUAUCGCAGAAGAAAAAGAAAAAGCGGAAAGAAAAUUAGAAGCCGCAAAGCCAGCAUUAGAAGAAGCAGAAGCUGCUCUUAAUACAAUUAAGCCAGCUCAUAUAGCAACAGUUAGAAAAUUAGGUCGCCCACCUCAUCUUAUUAUGAGAAUAAUGGACUGUGUAUUGAUUCUGUUUCAAAGAAGGUUACAUCCGCUAAUACCGGAUACUGCUGCACCAUGCCCAAAGCCAUCUUGGGCUGAAUCUCUUAAGAUGAUGGCAAGUACUACUUUCUUACUACAACUUCAAAAUUAUCCAAAAGAUAUAAUAAAUAAUGAAAUGGUGGAGCAUCUUGUACCGUAUUUUGAAAUGGAAGAUUAUAACAUGGAUACAGCUAAACGUGUUUGUGGAGACGUAGCAGGAUUACUAUCUUGGACUAAGGCCAUGGCAUUUUUUCAUAGCGUGAAUAAAGAAGUUUUACCUUUAAAAGCUAGUUUAUUGCUACAAGAAGCAAGAUUAAAAGUUGCAAUGGAGGAUUUGGCAUCAGCAGAAAGACAAUUAGAAGAUCGUGAAAUGUCUUUAAGAAAAGUUAAAGAUCAAUAUGAAUCUGCGGUUUCUGAAAAGCAACAACUUACUAAUGCUGCUAAUAUUUGUUUAAGAAAAAUGACAGCAGCAACUCAACUCAUAAACGGAUUGGGAGGUGAAAAAAUCAGGUGGACUCAGCAAAGUAAAGAGUUCAAAAAACAACUCGGAAGAUUAGUUGGAGACGUUGUGUUAGCUACAGGCUUUUUAUCCUAUUGUGGCCCUUACAAUCAAGAAUUUAGAAACAGUCUAUUUAAUACUUGGAUGGAAAUAUUAAAAAGUAAACAUAUACCAGUAACGGACAACUUAAACAUUACAAAUAUGUUGGUUGAAAGCGCUACUAUUUCUGAAUGGACUCUUCAAGGUCUUCCAAAUGAUGAGUUAUCUGUUCAGAAUGCUCUCAUUGUCACGAAAUCAAGUUCAUAUCCACUUCUUGUCGAUCCUCAAAGUCAAGGAAAAAAUUGGAUAAAAAAUAAAGAGUCUUCAAAUGAACUGCAAAUUACAUCAUUAAAUCACAAGUAUUUCAGGACUCACUUGGAAGAUAGUUUAUCAUUAGGAAGGCCAUUAUUAAUAGAAGACGUAGGUGUAGAAUUAGAUCCUGUUAUAGAUAACGUUUUAGAGAAAAACUUUAUAAAAUCUGGAUCCAUAGAAAAAGUAAUAGUGGGUGACAAAGAGUGUGAUGUUAUGCCUGGAUUCAUGUUGUAUAUAACAACAAAGUUACCAAAUCCCGCUUAUUCACCUGAGAUAAGUGCCAAGACAUCCAUUAUUGAUUUUACAGUAACUAUGCAAGGUCUAGAAGAUCAAUUACUUGGAAGAGUUAUAUUAAUGGAAAAAUCAGAUCUUGAGGAAGAACGCGUGGCGUUAUUCGAAUCAGUAAUGAAAAAUCAAAGAAGCAUGAAAGAGUUAGAAAGCAAUUUAUUAUGUCGUUUAACUUCCUCGGUAGGUUCUUUAGUUGACGAUGAGGCAUUGAUACAAGUUUUGCAAAUAACAAAAUCAACAGCAGAAGAAGUUAAUGAAAAAUUAAAAGUAGCAGAAGUAACGGAGAAAAAGAUUAUUAAAGCAAGAGAAGAAUUCAGAGCAGUGGCGGCUAGAGGUUCCAUAUUAUAUUUUUUGAUUGUUGAAAUGAGCGAUGUCAAUAUCAUGUACCAAAACUCAUUAAAACAAUUUCUUAAUAUCUUCGAUAAUUCGAUAACAAAAUCAGCUAAAAGUAAUAUUACAGAAGAACGAAUAAAUAUAAUUCUUAAAUAUUUAACUCAUGAAGUCUGGGCUUUUACAUUACGCAGUUUAUAUGAAAGACAUAAAUCACUAUUUACUCUUAUGCUAGCAAUGAAAAUAGACUGUCAACGAGGACUAAUUUCUCAUGACGAAUUUAUGGCGUUUGUGAAAGGUGGAGCAUCACUGGACUUGAAUGCCGUUACUCCAAAACCAUUUAGAUGGAUUUUAGAUAUAACUUGGCUUAAUUUAGUCGAAAUAAGUAGAAUAAAAUGUUUUUCUGAAGUGCUAAGCAAAAUAACUACAAAUGAAAAGGAAUGGCGAGUGUGGUAUGAAAAGGCAAAACCAGAAGAAGAAAUUAUUCCGAGUGGCUUCAAUGAUAGUCUUGAUGUUUUCCGGAAACUUCUUCUUAUUAGAUCUUGGAGCCCAGAUCGAACACUUUCUCAAGCACGAAAAUAUAUUGUCGAUUCUCUUGGUUUAGAAUAUGGUGAAGGUUGCAUUCUUAAUUUGGAAACAACAUGGGAAGAGUCGGAGCCCCGUACUCCUUUGAUCUGCAUUCUUUCCAUUGGAUCUGAUCCUUCUGCACAAAUCGCAUCGUUAGCGAAAUCUAAAGAAAUUGUCCUGAAGGCUGUCUCCAUGGGACAAGGUCAAGAAAUUGUGGCUCGGAAAAUGAUAUCUGAUUCGAUGAAUGAAGGAGGAUGGGUUUUAUUACAAAAUAUUCAUUUAUCUCUGCCGUUUUGCGUAGAGGCUAUGGAUGCACUCAUCGAAACUGAGCAUAUUCAAGAAUCUUUUCGUCUUUGGCUUACAACCGAAGUUCAUACAGAGUUUCCCAUAGGAUUUUUACAGAUGGCUAUUAAAUUUACAAAUGAACCCCCUCAAGGUAUAAGAGCUAGUAUGAAGAGGACUUAUCAAAACAUAACGCAAGACACAUUAGAUUAUUCAUCCUUAUCUCAAUGGCCACCGUUGUUGUAUGCAGUGGCAUUUUUACACACAAUUGUUCAAGAAAGAAGAAAGUUUGGGCCAUUAGGAUGGAACAUACCAUAUGAAUUUAAUCAAGCAGAUUAUGCAGCAAGUGUGCAAUUCAUACAAAACCAUCUCGAUGAAAUAGAUCCGAAAAAAGGAAUCUCUUGGCCAACUAUCUGUUAUAUGCUUGGAGAAGUUCAAUAUGGAGGACGAGUAACCGACGACUUUGACAAACGUUUGUUAACAACAUUUACCAAUGUGUGGUUUUGUGACGUCCUGCUUAGACCAGGCUUUGAAUUCUAUAAAGGAUACAAAGUUCCACAGACGAGAAACUUGCAAGGUUACGUAGAUUAUAUUAAUCAGUUACCAUUGACCGAUACACCUGAAGUAUUCGGAUUACAUAGCAAUGCUGAUAUCACUUACCAGAUCAACAGCGCAAAAGAUAUUUUAGAUACAAUAUUAAGCGUGCAGCCCAAAGAAGGUGGUAGCCAAGGUGGAGAAACAAGAGAGAGUAUAGUAUAUCGGUUGGCAGAAGAUAUGUUAGAAAAAUUACCCAAACAAUAUAUUAGUUUUGAAGUAAGAGACGCGCUUCAUAAAAUGGGCGCUUUUCUGCCUAUGAAUAUUUUUUUAAGGCAAGAAAUAGAUCGAAUACAACGAGUAAUUAAAACAGUGUUUACAACCCUUUGCGAUUUAAAACUAGCUAUUGAUGGAACAAUAGUUAUGAGCCAAGGUCUACGAGAAUCUCUAGAUGCAAUGUAUGACGCUCGCAUCCCACAACAGUGGUUAAAGGUGUCAUGGGAAUCUGCAACAUUAGGGUUUUGGUACACAGAACUAUUGGAACGAGAACAACAAUAUCGCGCUUGGUUAAAGAAUGGAAGACCGCAUACCUUUUGGAUGACCGGUUUUUUUAACCCGCAAGGAUUUCUUACUGCUAUGAGACAAGAAGUCACACGUAGUCACAAAGGUUGGGCAUUAGAUUCUGUGGUGUUGCAGAAUCACAUAACUAAACUGAAUCGUGAAGACGUACACGAAGGACCUACAGAAGGGGUAUAUGUAUAUGGAUUGUUUCUGGAAGGAGCAUCUCUUGACCGAAAAUCUGGCAAGCUGAUAGAAUCUAAGCCUAAAGUCUUGUAUGAACAAAUGCCUGUCAUAUACAUAUUCGCUAUAAAUACGACGGCUGGUAAAGACCCUAGACUCUACGAGUGUCCAAUAUAUAGAAAACCUCAAAGAACCGAUGCCAAAUAUGUUGGAUCCAUCGACUUUGAAACCGAUAGCAAUCCAAGGCACUGGACUUUAAGAGGAGUUGCUCUUUUAUGUGAUAUUAAA